UCCGUGCUGCGUGUUUUGUUGGUAAAAAAAUUCUACCGAACGACCGGGAUCGUGUAAACAAAUGAAGAAUUCGUCCUAAAUUAUAAAUACCAUCUACUCGUUAACCGCCUUGGCCAAAACUUCCCGUAAGCCCAAUGGAGCGCAACCACAAAGAGGACCAAUCCAACGAAAUCGAGGCCUUGGAUUCGAUUUACUGCGGCGAACUGGAAGUGCUGGAAACAGAACCGCACAAGUUCCGAUUGCCAAUCGCGACCACCGAAUAUGAUCAGGAGGUCGAAACCGAGGGCCUUUCGUGCAAGCUGCUGUUUACCUACACAGAAAAAUAUCCCGACACGGCGCCGCUGGUAGAAAUUGAGGAACCAACCAACUUCCAGGAGAACUACGAGGAAGAACUGCUAGAGCACAUUCACAAGACGAUAGAGGAAAACAUCGGCAUAGAAAUGAUCUUUUCCCUGGUGUCGUCCGCCCAAGAGUGGCUCAAUGUAAAAUACGACGAGCUGAAACAUGCGGCCGAAAAUGCGAAGGAGGAAGAGAAGAAAAAACGGGAGGAGGAAGAGAUGAAAAAGUUUGAAGGUACGCGAGUCUCGGUCGAAACAUUUAUGGCGUGGAAAACAAAGUUCGAACUUGACAUGGGCAUCACGGAGCGGAAGGAAAAGAUUGCCGCCGAAUGCCGUAAGCUAACGGGCCGAGAGCUGUUCCUGAACGACAACACGCUGAACGAGUCCGAUCUCAAGUUCCUGAUGGAUGCCGGGGAAUCGAUCGAAAGUGUGCGCAUCGAUGAGUCGCUGUUUCAAAACAUCGACGAUCUUGAUCUGGACUCCGAUACGGACGAUGAGGAUUACGUACCAGAGUAGUGCGUCCCAGCGUUCUGGGGUUCUGGUAUUGCUUGUUGCUUGAAAAGACUGGAAGAGCGAAAUACACAUUGAAAGUUGAUCUUUAUGAGAUUUGA